AUCUUUCUCAACGUCAAGGAGGUCGGCCCGCCGCGCUGUGGGAUGUCCUCUCCCCGAGACUUUACCGUGACUAGCCGAGCUACGCUACGUGUGCUUUCGUGGAACCUAUCGGAGCGUGUAGGCGAAAGCCUAAACAGAGAUCGCAUGGGGAGUCCACCGGCGAGCUCUCGCAGUGCAACUGCCCGGAAGGCGUCCCAGGCGCAGCCAUUACGCUGGUGCCUGUUCUCCAGACGAGCUCAAUCGCAUAUCACCAUCUCAAUACUGACAUGCAGCGAGUGCCGGGCAAGACACGUAGUGCUGCGCCUCUGGCUGCGUCAAGCUGCCUUACGUAACAGGCCCACCCCCGGAGGAAGACAGCGUUGUCACGUCCGCAGCCGACGCGACAGCGCAGCGUCGUGUCGGCCACGCUGCAAUCACCAAAAGGAUAGACAGAGGCGCCGGCAUCGGGCCGGGGACAGACAGAACAGAAACGGUGCGACGCGCGCGCGCGAUCCGUGACCCAAGAGCAGCGCAUCCGGUUUAUACUGAAACGGGAGCAAGCGCAGAAGACGCACGCGGACGCGCCUGUGCGCCUAAGGCACCCGGGGUAGGCGAGGCGAGCUAUAGUUGAGCGUCAAUUCGGUUGCAGUGAUUUGGGGAAACACCUUGCUGUUGCCCCCGCUGCCUGGUCCGUUGUAUCGGCUCCCGCCCUUCGUCCCACCCCUCCUCUCCUACAUGGACGCUCGCUCGCUUUCCGGCGGAGCUUGACCAGGCAUCGCUGCGCGGCGCAUGCGGUGGUGAAUUCCUAGCGUUUUAACCAGAAGGAAUCCUUCCCGGCUGGGCUUUCGAGCGGACCGACCGACGCUUGCCGACACCUGGCGCCGGUGCAUGACGCAGCAUUGGGCGUCUCGAAGCGCCUCCGACGGUAAAGGGACGCGCUCGGAGGAGGAGGCAGAUAAAGGCAAUCGUUUAAAGGAGGAAGUGCUGUCUCUAAUGGACGAAGAUUUUUCCGGCUAAUGUAGUGCGAAGGUCGGAAGGACCGCCGCUGUGUUGGUGCCGUCGUUGCUGUCGCUCGUGCCGCUGUUCGCUGCCGCAUCUGCUUCUAUACUUGUGUCCCCUCUGUGCGAGGCAAAAUAGUCGCCACCGUGCUGAGCUGUGCUCCACGACAAAGGAAGAAAUGACCAGCAACUGCCGCUUCGAAGGUCUCCUAUGCAAACGACCCAUGGUACGUGUCUGCAUAGCAUUGCUGCUAGCGCUGACAUUGGCGUCCGCUGUGGCGACGCCGCGGCAGGCGCAGACGGAGGCGAGGCUGGCACGGCUGUAUCCGGGUGUCGAGACAACUACCGAAGAGUACGACUACGAGUUCAUCGAGGGCCGCAUCGUGGGCGGCAAGCCGGUGUCCGUGCUUCGAAAGCGGGCUCACGGGGGCGGUACCGCAUCCAAGACUUCCUCGAGCGCCUCAGGAGCCGGCUCGAAAGGUGUGAGGGGUGGUAGCAGCUCGACUUCCUCGACGCCAGGAAGCGGUGGAGCCAAGCGCCCGCCAUCAAAGACCACUGGAAGACCAUCCGUAGGCGAUGGACUCAGGCCGGACUCGAGCAGCUGGAGACCUGCCUUGUCCGGCGCAGGUGUGAAUGCUGGCAACUUACGUCCAAACCUGUCUCCUGGAAUCCGGCCAGGCAGCAGCCCAGCAGGCGGCGGUUCGUCUGUGGACAGACAACGGCCACAAGACUUCGGUUCAGAUCGCCCGCGCGACACUAACGGUUUUGACAACGAGCAUCGAGGUGGUUUGCCCAACCAGAACCGAGAAAGCGGCAAUGGCAUGCCCUGGAACCACCAGGGGGUGUCUCCGGGCUACCCUGCUCCAGUCACGUCCGCUUACACAGACGACGAGUCACCUAGCUACAUCCCAAACCCAACCGCAACACCGAACACGUACACACCACACAACGAGCAGCGACCAUCGCUGUCGUCGAGCCCGGAAAACUCUGGCGGUUCACAGGAUGGUGGAGGAAUUAUCAUCGGCCAUCCCCCUACCAACACGUUCUCGCAGCAUGAAGGUGGCGCGAACAGGCCUUCUACAGUGCCCGACCGAGGCAACGGGCCCCGAUUUGAAGGUGGCUUGGUCAUAGGCAGCCCACCAAUGAAUGGUCCCGGCAGUCGCCAGGGUGGCUUCAACGAACCACUGCCACCGCAGGAAAUAGACCAGGCGCGAAGAGGAGUUGUGAACCAACAGCCCUCCCAGCAUGGAGUAGGGUCCUUCGGCUUGCCGUCCUUACCGAGAAACCCAUUCGUGCCUUCGAACCCAGGAUUUCACGUUCCCGGUAGUUUGCCGCUGCCAUUUGGAGCGGGUCUUUUCAAUCCGGGGCUUGUGAACAUCCAGAAGGCGGUGGAAAACGCAGCUGCUGGUGUUCUGGGCGCGACCGGUGCCGGAAUACACCCCACAGCAGCCAACCUGUUCGGAAGGACGUCUACCUUUGGCCAAAUGACCAGUUUUGGGUUUGCGGAGAGGAAGUGAUUAUUGUCGCGCGUGUUUUUAAUAAUCAAACGAAAAUGUGUGCGCUUAUGAUACUAUGGUUAUUGCGGGGUAAUAAUGAACUCUCAUUCCUAGAGUGUAGCAUUAAUGGACACUGCCCUAUGUGUUAUCGACGAAGCCCGAUUGCGAUGUACCGUAAUAACAAUGUGUUAAACGCACUCCCAGGAAAGCUCUAAAGUCUUGCUUUACUUACUCGACCUUUUUUCGGCGUAUAGCUGACACAUACAUGCACAGAAGAAAUGCGUGCCUCACGCAUAUCAAAUCGGUAGUUUAUGGAAGCCCAACUCUGAACGCUAUUAUGUCUUUCCAGGCAUUCGGAAGUAUGCUAUGCAUGUCAUGGAAAUUCGCUAGGACUUCUGAUUGUCUGUUAAUCGAUCACAGUGUUUAGAUACAGUGUGGAUGCAUUCGUGCAUUUUUCUAAUGCUAGCGUUGCACUGUAGUUUGCUUAUAGAACGUCUUAGAGGCAUUUUGCUUCUUAACCCCUUGUUAACAGUGGACCAGAAUUUCUGGACAUCUGCCUGAGUCGUUCCUUUUGUGCUGUAUGUCUUUGUUUUUGCAAGUGUUGUGCAAAUGUUUUUCUGCCAUCAAAAGUAACAGGAGCAGCAAGUCCCAACCAAAGGUGUGGGCAUCUUUUUUAAUACGAUCAUUCAAAUAUAUUUUCCAAGAGAGUUACACUGCCAGCAAUCUUUACUGCAGUCCUUAGUUUGAGUUGGAGAACGUUUCAAGUGAGAAAAAAAAGCUAUCAUUGCGUUGAUGCCACUUGCGGGGAAUUCUCGACAAACACUCGAUGUGUCAGAAUACUUCACCGGAUAGUAUCCACACAUUGUUGAAAAAUACCGUACCAUUGUCAACAUACCGUCUAGUGUGCGAAGGCAGCGUUGUAAACGUACCAUUGAAAACUAUAGUGUUAUCAUUGCUUCUAGACGAAACUUGUCUUAGCAGACGAAUGCAUGGCACUAAACGCAAUUUCUGGACCUGAAACGAUGCUACUGCUUUCAGGUCCUUGUGGUUUCGUACUGCAAUGUGCGGCAAGCUCAUAGGCGUCAGUGCAUAUGCUGUUGUUACUCCAGCAUUCCCUUCCUAUUUUUUUUGCUGAACAACACUCUUCUUUACAGGGUUGUUUGUAAUUUAGCAAUUCAGGAAAGUUUGCUUUUCUUCUUGUGGUGCGCUGCUUCUUAACCUUCUGACCAACUAUGGCACUACCAACAAUUUUUUUCUACUGUAUUAUUGCUUGUGAUAAAUAAAUGGCAAUUUCUUCUGCCCAUUCGUUGAGGUAAAGUGAGCGCAAACACAGCAGCCGCAAUACGUGUUUGUUCAUCUGUCACUACGACGCAAUGAAGUAGGGCUGAUUGUGUAAUGGUUGUGCUAUUUCUACACCUUGUAAAAGGCGCGAUGAGUCUUUUGCCACAGAGAUGUGGUUUUACGUGCAUACAGGCUACGCUUGCACCACAUUAUUAUAUGACAGUUCUUACUCACAAAGCCCGUGCUUACCAACUAUCACAAGUGCCAAAUACAAAAAUCUGCAAAUGGAUCAUAACUAUAGUGCCAGUUUUGUUUACGUAUUAGAGUGCACAAGCAUGACAAAUCCUGGUCUGGGGAUAAGAGGUUUGCUUGCCCAGAAAAAACUGUACUGAUUGCAGGAAGCCAAGUUCUCGUUUGAACGCAACUUUAAUCCUACGCUUCGCGCCAAAUACGAGCUAGUUUCGGAGCAGCCUUGAUGCAUUCCCUCUUUGCAUAAGUAAGUCUUGUAACGUUUUUCGAGGCUCUUAUAUUAAGAGCCUGUAAUAGAAAGCCGCCAUCGUCAGGCUGCUUUCAAAUGCGUGCAUAGAAAGAUUUAUUCGUCAAUUAAGAAUAGAGUGAAAGAUAGCACGUCGGAUGGCAAGCGAAAAAUGAGAUCUUAUAGCGCAAACAAAGCGUGGCAUGCACUGUAAGGUUCGGUUACAAUUCCGAAACUCCUGCCGUCUUCAAGUACUAGGUAUAUCUGUUGAGUUUUGAACAUUUUGUACUCGUAUAUGAGUACAAAGUGUUUAAAAUUUAACUCGCACUUACAGAGUAUACACGCCGUCGUUUGUUUCAGAUUUAAUAUUGCUGUGAUAUCGAUACAAUUUUGUAUUGACGUUGAAUUAAACCCUUUUCUUUUUGUUAUCCACAUUUUCUUUAUUGGCCAUCUCUCUAGCCUUGCAAGGUCAACUUCCCUGCUUUGUGUUUAUAGCACGGUCUUCGUCGCUAGAACGAGCGCGACAUCAGAAUUCUCUUGUUCCAUGACACUACCAUGCUCAUUCGUCCCAUGCAUGAUCUCUUGCCAUACACAUCAUGAUGAGUGAGUUUAUGCGAGGCAUGAUGUCUCAUUAGCAUAGGAGGCCAUCUGCGAUCCAAUGUGAGGGAGCCAUCGUCCACGAGGGUUUGCUGCUUCUGUACGAAAGAAGGCUGGCAGCUGCAACAGACACUGCUGGCAUAGGCGUUCACUCAUUUGCAUGAUCGAGAUGCAUAUUCAAAGUGCGAAACGUGUAGCGAUUCCAUGUAGGUUAUUUGACAUGGCGUAUUUAUACCAAAAGAGGAAUUCGAUUUAAGUAGCAAACAUCCUAAUUUUGCUGCUUCAAGGCUACCAGCCACCAAGCAGUGGAUAAGAUCGAGCCAACAUCAGGCUGACCGCUCGCAUUGACCGACUCGUCUUUCUCUUGUGCAACGACUACGUCACAAAUUUGUUCAAUUUCGUUAGCACGUGUGUAUGGGACCUAAUAUUCUACACAGACGCCCUUUGCUACCUACAGGACACUGGUUUGAUCUCCAGAACUGCAUGCUUCACGGUCGGUAACCAUGAUGAGGAUCCAUAGUGGAAAUUUGGAAACGUGAAACCACAUCACGAACCCUCCUCCCCUCACAUUACAAUUCAAUACAAUAACUUCCAAGGGUG